UCCAAGUCAAGCUCGUGCUGGUAUUACUGAAUUAGACUUCAAGCCUUUCAACCCUGUUAUCAAGCGUACCGAAAUUACCUACAAGAGCCAAGAAGACGGAAAAACGUACCGUGUCACUAAGGGUAUGUCUCACAUGAUUUUAGAACUCUGUACUCGUGACAAGACUGAGGCUCAAAUUCAAACUCUUAACGAUGAUGUUGAUGAAUUUGCUCGUCGUGGUCUUCGUGCCCUUGCCCUCGCUAUUGAUGAAAUUCCAUCUGGUGAAGUUGAUGCUCCUGGUAUUGGUUUCAAGCUUGUCGGUCUUUUACCUAUUUAUGAUCCUCCUAGAUCUGAUACCAAGGAAACUAUCGAUCGUGCUCAAGCUCUUGGUGUUGGCGUAAAGAUGAUUACUGGUGAUCAAUUGGCUAUUGCUAAAGAAACUGGUCGUCGUCUUGGUAUGGGUGAUAACAUGUUCCUUUCAAAGACUUUAAAAGAAGGUCCACCUGCUGGCUCCGGUUAUACUGAUGUUGAUCACAUGGUACUUCAUGCUGACGGUUUCGCUGGUGUUUAUCCUGAACACAAAUAUGAAAUUGUCGAACGUCUUCAAAAUAUGGGUCUUAUGGUUGCAAUGACUGGUGAUGGUGUUAACGAUGCUCCUGCCCUUUCAAAGGCAAACGUCGGUGUUGCUGUCGCUGACGCUUCUGACGCUGCUCGUUCUGCUGCCGAUAUUGUCUUGACAGCACCCGGUCUCUCUACUAUUGUUGAAGCCAUUAUGGGUUCUCGUCGUAUUUUCCAACGUAUGCGUAAUUAUUCCAUUUACACUUGUUCUGUUACCAUUCGUAUUGUCGUUGGUUUCUCUAUUCUUAUCUGGGCCUUUGAGUUUGAUUUCCCUCCUUUCAUGGUCUUGAUUAUUGCUAUGCUUAACGAUGGUACCAUUAUGACUAUUUCUAAAGAUCGUGUUCGUCCAUCACCUUUCCCCAACUCUUGGAACUUGCGUGAAAUUUUCUCAUAUGCCAUCGUUUACGGUCUUUAUCUUACAGCAUCUACUGUCGGUUUUGUCGCAGUUUGUCUCAAGACAGACUUCUUCCACCGUCAUUUCAACCUCCAAAACUUCACUAAUCCUAACGAUUUUGCCCUUCAUUCCGUUGUCUACCUUCAAGUUUCUACUAUAUCUCAAGGUUUGAUCUUCAUUACUCGUUCUCGUGGCUGGUUCUUUACGGAACGUCCAUCUAUUUUCCUUAUCUGUUCCUUCAUUGUUGCCCAAUUGGUCGCUACUUUCAUCUCUGUAUAUGCUGACUGGGGCUUUACCCAAAUUGAAGGUUGCGGAUGGCAUUGUAAGUAGUAUUUAAUCAAAACAAAGAUUGCUUUUUCAUAUAAACUUACAAAUUUUUUUUCUAGGGGCUGGUGUUGCUUGGGUUUGGAACUUUAUCUGGUUUGCACCUUUAGAUCUUGUCAAGUUCGCUAUGCAACACUUCUUUGAACCUAAGGUCGGUAAUGCUGAAGAUGCCAAGAUCACUGCUUCCCGUC